GUAGGAUAAUGUACCACGGAUUAGACGCAGCGUCGAUGUGUGUAAAACUACAUUUCCUAUAAGUAUGCAGGCGCAUGUAUCGCGGGCCGGAUUAUGAUUGGUUUCUGGAAAACACGUGUAUGAAUGUAGCCAGUCCGAAGGAUUUGCAGUCGGAAGUUAGAUGGUUCCAGGAAAUGCGCUGUGAACGGCAUGUAUGUGAAUGUCAUAACAGACGGAGCAGUCACUGUAGCUCCCAACCAAACUUUUAAGCGGUACGCUUAUCGUUUUAUAGGGAAGCUCAAAGUCCUAUACUGAAACUAAAUAGCUGUCUCCCUAACGUUACUAUAAUGCUUUCGAGUAAUUUACUACGUAGUGUUUUCCCUGUUUCUUCUGAAUGGGUAUUUAGCUGCAUAAAAUGUGGGUCCAGACGGUAUUGCCAGAAACCAUUCAAAAAGCUAACGAUAAGCGAUGCGUUAUCCACUAAAGCGUUGGGAUCUAACAUCAGAAUACAGGGUUGGGUCCGUUCUGUCCGAUCACAGAAAGAACAUCUCUUUCUCCACGUGAAUGAUGGCUCCUCCCUGCAACCUCUCCAAGUAGUGGCCAGCCACGAUCUAAAUGACAGAGGUCUGACAUUUGGAAGUGCCAUUGAUGUCUCAGGAAGCCUGGAGAAGAGUCCAAGUGGAAAACAGAACGUAGAGCUCCAUGCAAAACAAAUACAAGUGACUGGAAAAUGUGAUCCCACUGAAUUCCCCUUUAAGAUCAAGGAACGCCAUUCUCUGGAGUACAUCCGUCAGUUUCCCCAUCUGCGUUGCCGGACAAAUGUCUUCAGUGCCUUGCUGAGGGUCCGUAGUGAAGCCACUUCUGCUAUUCAAUCAUUUUUCAAGGAUAACGGGUUCAUACAGAUCCACACACCAGUCAUCACGUCCAAUGACUGUGAAGGAGCAGGGGAGUUGUUCCAGGUGGAGCCCGCAAGUAGGGAUAAACAGCAGGAUGAGCGGGACCCACACUACUUCUCUGUCCCCACCUACCUGACAGUCUCCGGCCAGCUUCACCUUGAGGUCAUGGCAGGGGCCUUCCCUGCAGUGUACACUUUUGGGCCGACCUUCAGGGCCGAGAACUCCCAGAGCAGGCGACACUUGGCUGAGUUCUACAUGGUGGAGGCCGAGAUCUCAUUCACCGAGUCCCUAGAGGAUGUGAUGACAGUAAUGGAGCAUCUCUUCAAAGCCAGCACUGAGCACGUCCUUACCCACUGUGCAGAAGAUGUGGAAUUAUUUCACAAGUUUGUGGCACCUGGACACAGGGGGCAAGUGGAUCUCAUGCUGAGUAGAAAGUUUAAUGUGAUUUCCUACACAGAGGCCAUAGACAUUCUAAACCGCAGUUCCCAGAUAUUCACUUUUCCAACCAAGUGGGGUUGUGACCUGCAGACAGAACAUGAGAAGUACCUGGUGAAACAUUGUGGCAACAUCCCAGUCUUUGUCACAGAUUACCCCUAUGAUCUCAAGCCUUUUUACGCCAGAGACAACCAGGAUCACCCACGACACACUGCUGCGGCGGUGGACCUGCUGGUGCCAGGGGUCGGGGAGCUGUGCGGAGGAUCUCUGAGAGAAGAGAGACUGGAAAUCCUCAGGAGCCGCAUCAUUCAGGCAGGGAUGGAAGAUGCAUAUGAAUGGUAUCUCCAGCUGAGACAGUUUGGCUCCGUCCCCCAUGGUGGCUUUGGGAUGGGGUUUGAGCGGUACCUUCAGUGCAUCUUGGGAGUGGACAAUAUCAAAGAUGUGAUCCCAUUUGCUAGGUUUUCGCACUCCUGCCUUUUGUAAUUUUCAUGAAACGUAUGUGUCUGUUAGUCAUGGUCAGUGGUCUAAACUACAAUUAAUAUAUUUUUUUAUAAUAAAACCUCAACAGAAGUGA